UGAUUUCAUAUAACCAGUUCACUUUAUUCAAUUACUCAAACCACCAAUAAAUGAAUGAAACCAACAUCGCAAUUAAGGUGAAAAAAGGAAAGGAACCUGGCCCAGCCAGAGUAGCGUCAGCAGUGGAAUAUUAAGAAAGCCCUCAGCCAAAAUGAUGUACCUGCGCCGCCUAUUCACCCAGGAACUGUCGCCCGUCACACAGAGCGACCUGUUGGGCUGCCUACAACAUGCGCCCCAACAGCUGUUGUGUGGUGGAUUUGCGGGUGCACCUGCUUUGGACAGUCUAUCCUGGUUACACAAUCUGGCGCCCUGCUUUCCGCUACGUGGGGAACAAAUACAGGUUAUCCAUGAGCCGCAUCACUUCUAUCAAACACUAAUACAGCGCAUCGCACAAGCCAAAAAACGUAUUGUGUUGGCCAGUCUGUACCUAGGCACGGGUCAAUUGGAGAGCUCCUUUGUGCAAACGUUGCGUCACAGCCUAAAGGCAGAAUCGUCACUCCGUCUAAACGUUCUCUUGGAUUUCACGCGCGGAACACGUGGGGUGGCCAACUCUAAGACCAUGCUCCUGCCUCUGGUACGAGAGUUUGGAGAACAGGUACAAUUUUCACUCUACCACACGCCAGAUUUACGUGGUAUGACCAAACGAUUCGCGCCACCGCGCUGGAACGAGCUGUUCGGACUGCAGCACAUGAAGGUGUACUUAUUUGACGAUGCAGUCAUCAUUUCGGGCGCCAACUUGUCCAAUGACUACUUUACCAAUCGCCAGGAUCGCUACAUACUAAUUGAGGACAAGCCAUUGGCUGAUUUCUAUGCGCAAUUCAUCGAACGAGUGCAGGAGUUCAGCUUGGCUGUGGGCGCUGAUGCGGCUGAGAGACUGCAUGGCAACUGGCGCAUCCUACCCUACGAGGGCACUAAAGACCAAUUCAUUCGGCUGGCCAAAGAACGUAUAACAAAUUUCGUACAGGAUGCAUACCAAAGACAACUACAAAUCAGGGAGCAGAGCAGCCAAGCCGACACGUGGGUGUUUCCGUUGCUAGAGAUGGGUCAGAUAGGCAUUCACCAUGACAGCGUGGUGACCAAACAGUUGCUGUCGAAAUGCAUAGCCGGAUCACGCCUUAAAUUAGCCACCGGCUACUUCAAUCUCACCCAGGAAUAUAUGGACACCAUUACGCACAACUGCCUCGCGCAAUGCAGCAUUCUCAUGGCGCAUCCAAAUGCAAAUGGUUUCCAAGGCGCCAAAGGACCUGCUGGUGGUAUUCCUGCUGCCUACACACUGAUUGCAAAGAGUUUUUAUGAAACCUUAGUGCGACGACAGCAAAAUCAUCGUGUAAACUUUUUUGAAUACGAAAAGCCUGGAUGGACGUACCAUGCCAAGGGUCUCUGGUACUAUUUACCUGAGGCUCGACUGCCCAACUUAACACUUAUCGGUUCCUCAAACUUUGGCGAGCGCUCGGUCAAUCGCGAUUUGGAGACCCAGGUCUGUUUGGUAACUGUCAACAAGGAGCUCAGUCAGCGACUUCAAGACGAAUCAGAUCGCCUCUUUGACCUGUCUACAACAGCUGAGCGUCAGAUUGUUCAGAGGCCUAUACCGCGUUGGGUACAGGCUGUAGUGCGCAUAUUUAGAAAUUUCUUUUAGCUUUAAAUACCGAGUCACAUGCUUAGUUCAAUUUGUUUAUGUUCAGGGCUAGUUACUUCAAAUGUAUGUAGUCUCCAAUGUGUGCAGUGUUUCGAGUUUGGUUUGUGUAUAUUGCUGUAAAUUUAUUUUUUACACAGUCAUACAGUAAUAAGUAAAGAACAAGUUUUUAAA